AUGCGGUACAUUCACUCCGAGGAACGGCUGCCCAUCCCCGAGAAUGUGAAGGUUCACAUUCGCUCGCGCAUUGUGACCGUCGAGGGCCCCCGAGGCAAGCUCGUUAAGGACCUCUCUCACAUUGCCGUUACCUUCGGCCGCCCUGAGAAGAAUGUUAUCUCGAUCGAGAUGCACCACGGUGCCCGCAAGGGUGUCGCUACCCUCCGUACCGUCCGCACCAUCAUCAACAAUCUGAUCAUCGGUGUCACCAAGGGCUUCAAGUACAAGAUGCGUUACGUGUAUGCUCACUUUCCCAUCAACGUCAACAUCGAGAAGAACGCCGAGACUGGCCAGUACGACAUUGAGAUCAGAAACUUCUUGGGUGAGAAGUACGUCCGUCGUGUGACUGCUCAGCCCGGUGUCGAGGUCAUCACCUCGCCCAGCGUCAAGGAUGAGCUCCAGCUCUCCGGUAACUCCCUUGAGGGUGUCUCCCAGAGUGCCGCCGACAUCCAGCAGAUCUGCAGAGUCCGGAACAAGGAUAUCCGGAAGUUCCUUGACGGUCUCUACGUGUCGGAGCGGGGCAACAUCGUCGAAGAGUAA